GAACCGGAAAUUCACGAAUAAACACCACAGAAGAAGAACACGUGCAGAUCUAACCAUGACGCUCCAGUUUGUGUAUAACGGCCAGGACUUUGUCACAGAGGCCCAGCGGAGCAGUGGAAAUGGACUUGCACCAGAGCCAUCACAUUUUGACCAGACCAUCCAAGCCGGCUGGUCAGACAGGAUGAACAGGGGGCUCUUCCGCUACCAUCUGGAUGACUUACAAACGCGUAUCAUGCCGGGCCCGCAUGGCUAUGUGGCCCAGCUGAAUAUUCAAAGAGGAUUACAAAGAAGAAAGCCUGAGGAAAUACUGAGCAUUAAGCAGGAGUUCAAUGCCAAUCAGUUUAAUUUUAACAAAAUCGAUCCAGAAGAAGUCAUAUUUGAGAUGACAAAGGUUGUUGAGGGAAGAAAGGAAACGGGACAGUUGCAUGAACGUUGGAGAGUGGUCGUGCUGGUCAAUGUCAGCCCUUUGGAGUUUGGACAUUGUCUCUUUGUUCAAGAACCUUCAUGCUGUUUACCGCAGGUCCUGACAAGCUUCUCCAUCCAGGUUGGUAUUGAAUCUGUGCUCCUGAGCUCCGAUCCUGGCUUCCGUGUGGGGUUCAAUAGUCUUGGAGCAUUUGCCUCUGUCAAUCAUUUACACCUACAUGGGUACUACCUGCACCAUGAGCUCCAGAUAGAAUCUGUGCCUGUCAAGCCGCUAGUUCCUGAAAAGGGAUUUUAUCGCUUGUUGGACUCUCCUGCAGGCUUUUUGUUUUACACAGAAUCAGAGUGUGUGGUGAAAGUUGCCAGAGCCAUUUAUCAGGUCACAGACUUUCUUGUGGAAAGUAAUACUGCGCACAACCUGUUCUUGACUCGCGGGAGUCCGCCCUCUGAUCAGAUACAGGAUGAAAAGGAUCACUGCUCAAGAAAAGGUGUUCGCAUCGCUGUAUGGCCCAGAACAUCGUGCUUCGGUGCAAAGGACGAGUCUGCCUUCAAUGUUGCUCUCUGUGAGCUGGCAGGGCAUUUACCAUUCAAGAACAAGAAGGACUAUGAGCUCUCUACUGAGAAAGAUGUCAAGGAUGUCAUAGAGAGGUAUCUUCUGCCUGAAGCAGAGUUUCACAAGUUAGAACAGCACCUCACUCGCCAUCUGACGGAUUUAUAAUGCAUGAACAUUAAAUGAUGAGCACAUAUUCCUCAGAUGUCCUGACAUGUGUUUAGGUUUUGUGGUGAAAUGUUUCUUUGGAAACGAUGCAAAAUCUCCUUUCCUGCAUUUGUCCCAUGCACAAAAGACCUUCUUACACAAUUAUAUUAUCAGUAAGAGAAUAUUAAAUUGAGUAAUUGAUGUGUUGUCUUAAAACUUCAAAUAAAAUUCAGAAAGCAUUUUAUCUUAAA